AUGAACAACAUUACUCGUGACCCCAAGCACCGCCGCCCCAAACCCUUCUCCCUCUCAGAUCGUCCAUCUCCUCUCUCGCUCUUGACCCCAAGCACCGCCGCCCCAAACCCUUCUCCCUCUCCCUCUCUUGCUCAUGAUCCCAAGCACCGCCGCCCCAAAACUCCGAUUCCGAAAUUGUAUUGUCAACGAAAGUCGAGAAAGAGAUGGGAGAAAUGCAGAGUGCAUUUGGGUGGGCAGCAAGAGAUCCAACUGGAGUUCUCUCUCCCUUCUCCUUCUCACACAGUGGUUUUUGACUAUCCUCUUAUUUACAUCAUUCCAAUAGAAAUUGAAGAUGGUUGCCCCCAUGUUGUUGAUGAACAAAUCUUUCAGUUAGAUAUCUUAGUUGUGCCAAUUAUUGAUGAGCACUUAAAACCAAAAAUAGGAAUGACUUUUAGCAAUUUAGAAGAUGCUGAAAAAUUCUACAGAAAUUACGGAAAGGCCGGAGGUUUUGAUAUCCGUAAUAGGACAACAAAUUAUGGGAAGGAUAGAGAGUUAAUAUGCAAAAGUUAUAUUUGUUCGAAAGAAGGAGUGUUAAAGAGCAAAUCGUUGGAAAUUCGACGAUGUGGUACAAUUAGAACAAAUUGUAAGGCCUUGAUUCGCUUGAAAUUAGACAAAAACAUUGGCAUAUGGAGUGUCUAUAAGUUUGUGGAAGAACAUAAUCAUACAAUUACUUCACCGAGUAGAACAUAUUUUCUAAGGGGAAACCGUGAGGUAACAAGUGCGAAGAAGACAUUGAUAAAGCAGUUUGGAGAGGUGAACAUUCCAACAAACAAGCAAAUGGCCUUCUUUAAAAACUCUAGUGGAGGUUUUCAUAGAAUUGGAUGCAUUGAGACCGUUGUGAGAAAUUAUGAAAGAGAUUUGAGAGAGGAGAGGCACGGUCAUGAUGCACAAAUGAUAUUGGAUCAUUUCAAGUUAGAACAAGAGAAGAAUUCUUUAUUUUAUUAUGUUUAUGAAGUUGAUGAAGAGAAGCGCUUAACUUAUUGUUUUUGGGAGGAUGGCAUUCUUCGAAUGAAUUAUCAAUACUUUGGCGAUGUUGUCUCCUUCGAUGCCACGCAUAACACAAAUCAAUAUGGCUUGGUAUUUGUGCCGUUUGUAGGCAUAAAUCACUAUUGGCAAAGUGUUUUUUUAAGAUGUGGUUUGAUCCCAAACGAAGAGGCGAAGUCUUACAUAUGGUUGUUUAACAAAUGGAUUGAAGCAAUGGGUCAUCCUCCUUCGGACAUGAUUACAGAUCAAUGUCUUGGCAUAUGCAAGACAAUUGAAACAGUUUUCCCAGAAUUCGGCAUAGGUUUUUCAUUUGGCAUAUCAUAG